AUGUUCAUCGGGGGAAUACCCCGCGAUACCAGUAAGCAAGCUCUUCUUGAAUACUUGACCCAAUUUGGCGAGAUGAUAGAUUUUACUAUUAAAACCUUUCCAGACAGUGGUGUUCCCAGGGGGUUUGGAUUUGUGCUUUUUAAAGAUAGUGCCGCCGUUGAAAAGGUGCUCCAAGUCAAAGAGCACAAACUGGAUGGCAAAACAAUCAGUCUUAAAAGGGCUAAAGCCAUAGAAGUUGAACCUCCGCCAAGAAGAGUUUUUGUCGGGGGGUUGAAUCCUCAAACGUCUGAAGAAAAAAUCAGAGAGUAUUUUGGGGCAUUUGGUGUGAUUGAGAAUAUUGAUCUUCCAGUGUCUCCAGGAACAAACAAAAGACGAGCUUUCUGUUUUAUCACAUAUACUGAUGGAAAACCAGUGAAACAGCUGUUAGAAGCCAGGUACCAUCAGAUUGACUCUGGGUGGUGUGAAAUAAAAAUUGCACACCCGAAAGAAUAUUUGAAGCCACAACUCAGAAGAAGAAGAAAUGUUCCAUCUGCCAGGCUAGGCAACAGCCGGGGAGGAAUAAGCUCCCAGGCAAACCCAAGUGCUUUCGGGGCAAACCCAAGUGCCUGCGGGGCAAACCCAAGUGCCUUCGGGGCAAACCCAAGUGCUUUCGGGGCAAACCCAAGUGCCUUCGGGGCAAACCCAAGUGCCUUCGGGGCAAACCCAAGUGCUUUCGCGGCAAACCCAAGUGCUUGCGGGGCAAACCCAAAUGCUUUUGGCGCAGACCCAAAUGUUUGCGGGGCGGUUGGAGGCGGCGGUGGCAGAAGCCUUUCUACUGUUUUUAUGCCUGUUCCCUUCUCAGCCUGUUAUGAAGGGUUUAAUUUUUGUGAUCAAAUGUAUGGCAAUUUCUAUAAUGCCUACAAUAAUCAGCCAAUUUUUAAUACCUAUGGUGGACAUUAUUUUCUUGGCCCUAACUAUGGGAUCCAUGGGUGUGGAACUGCAUUUACUCAUUAA